GCUGCACCUGCUUCUGGGCGGACGCACUUGGCGUGCGGCGCGGGCUGCAGACGGCUGCGAGGCGCUGGGCACAGGUGUCCUGAUGGCAAAUUUCCAGGGCCACGCGCUCCCAGGGAGUUUCUUCCUGAUCAUUGGACUGUGUUGGUCAGUGAAGUAUCCACUGAAGUACUUUAGCCACACACGGAAGAACAGCCCACUGCAUUACUAUCGGCGUCUUGAGAUCAUCGAAGCCGCAGUCAGGACUUUGUUUUCUGUCAUCGGGAUCCUGGCAGAGCAGUUCGUUCCGGAUGGGCCCCACCUGCACCUCUACCAUGAGAACCACUGGAUAAAGUUAAUGAAUUGGCAGCACAGCACCAUGUACCUAUUCUUUGCAGUCUCAGGAAUUGCUGACAUGCUCACCUAUCUGGUCAGCCACGUUCCCUUGGGGGUGGACAGACUGGUUAUGGCUGUGGCAGUAUUCAUGGAAGGUUUCCUCUUCUACUACCACGUCCACAACCGGCCUCCGCUGGACCAACACAUCCACUCGCUCCUGCUGUAUGCUCUGUUCGUGGGGUGUGUUAGUAUCUCCCUAGAGGUGAUCUUGCGGGACCACAUCGUGCUGGAGCUCUUCCGAACCAGUCUCGUCAUUCUUCAGGGAACCUGGUUCUGGCAGAUUGGGUUUGUGCUGUUCCCACCUUUUGGAACACCCGAAUGGGACCAGAAGGAUGAGGCCAACCUCAUGUUCAUCACCAUGUGCUUCUGCUGGCACUACCUGGCUGCCCUCAGCAUCGUGGCCAUCAACUAUUCUCUUGUUUACUGCCUUUUGACUCGGAUGAAGAGACACGGAAGGGGAGAAAUCAUUGGAAUUCAGAAACUGAAUUCAGGUGACACUUACCAGACCGCCCUCUUGAGUGGCUCAGAUGAGGAAUGAGCCGAGAUGUGGAGGGCGUAGACGUCCCACCGAACAGCUGGAAUGAAUGGAGUUCAUCCCCCUACCUGAAUGCCUGCCGUGGUCUGAUCUUAAGGGUCUAUAUAUUUGCACCUCCUCAUUCAACACAAGGCUGGAGGUUCUAGAACAGGAAAUCAGGCCUACAGCAUCCUGUGUAUCUUGCAGUUGGGAUUUUUAACAUAAUUUAAAGUCUGUGUUGGUAUAGUACUCCUCAUAAGGAAAAAUUAAGUAAGGCCUCCAAGCAGCAGGCCUUUGUGCCUCAGUGUAAAGAGAAAUCAAGAGAUGCUAAAAGCUUUACAAUGGAAGUGGCCUCAUGGAUGAAUCCAGGAUAUGAGUCCAGCAGGAGAACUUGCUGCUUUUGGUAACUUAUCCCUUUUUCUCUUAAGAAAGCAGGUACUUUUUUAUUAGAAAUAUGUUAGAAUGUGUAAGCAAAUGACAGUGCCUUUAGAGUUACAACUCUAACUUACAUAUUUUUAAAAAGUAAAAUAAUUCACAAGCUUUGGUAUUUUAAACUACUGUUAAACAUAUCAUAACUAAUCAUACCAGGGUACUAAACCACUGUUUAUAAGUGACAAAAUUAGGCCAAAGGUGAUUUUGUUUUAAAUCAGGAAGCUGGUUACUGGCUCUACUGAAAGUUGGGGCCCUGAUGUUCUGACUCCUCAAAGUCACCCUAAUAGAAGAUCUGAUGGGAAAGCUGUAUAAUGAGGUAGAGAGAAAAAUACCAGGUACGGAAGGCUUUCAAUUUUAAUAUAGCUGAAAGCAAAGGAUAACGAAUUCAGAAUUAGUAAUGUAAAGUACUGAAACCCUCAUCUUGCUCCUGGAUCUGGUCUUUUUAAAAAACUUCCUUCACUGCACCUGUAAUCCCAGCACUUUGGGAGGCCGAGGCAGGCGGAUCACAGGGUCAGGAGAUCAAGACCAUUCUGGCUAACAUGGUGAAACCCCGUCUCUACCGAAAAUACAAAAAAUUAGCCGGGCGUGGUGGCAGGUGCCUGUAGUCCCAGCUACUCAGGAGGCUGAGGCAGGGGAAUGGCGUGAACCUGGGAGGGGAGCUUGCAGUGAUCCGAGAUCACGCCACUGCGCCCAGCCCAGGUGACACCUGCCCAGCCCAGGUGACAGAGCAAGACUCUGUCUCAAAAAAAAAAAAAAAAACUUCCUUCAACAACUAUUUAUUAAAUAUCUACUUUGCAACAGCACUGAAAUGGCCGUAAGGCCUCCUGAGACAGGUGUCCAGCAAGGAGUUUAUAGUCAAACAGGAGAGACAUGCCAGUAGUUACACCGAGUGUGAUGGGUGCUAUGGGAGACAGGUACAAGCCACGAUGAGAAAAAGGAGAGGAGGGGAAAUACAGAACUUGCCCUGUAGAAAAAACCCAUCCCAGGCUGAGAAAGUAGCACAUUAAAAAAAUGAAAGCAUAAAAAAUAUGGAGAACUUAAAAAGAUUAAGUUCUACAAACUGAUAAAAGUGGGUUAGGAGCAAGUUGAUGGGCCUUAGACACCUUUUAACAUAAUUUAAAGUCUGUGUUGGUAUAGUCCAUGUGCAUAGUAUUUUCCAGAUUCUGAGAUGCGCCCGAUCUCAUUUGGUUCUCACAACCGCUUGUAAUGUGUAAGAACAUGGGGGUCUUUCACAAAAGCUGGCAGUCCUAGCUGGGCACAGUGGCUCGUAAUCCAGCAUUUUGGGAGGCUGAGGCGGGUAGAUCACGAGGUCAAGAGAUUGAGACCAUCCUGGCCAACAUGGUGAAACCCUGUCUCUACUAAAAAUACAAAAAUUAGUUGGGUGUGGUGGCGGGUGCCUGUAGUCCCAGCUACUUGGGAGGCUGAGGCAGGAGAAUCACUGGAACCCGCGAGGCAGAGGUUGCAGGGAGCCGAGAUUGCACCACUCCACUCCAGUCUGGCGACAGAGCAAGACUCCACCUCAAAAAAAAAAAAAAAAAAAAAGGAAAGAAAAGUUGGCUGGCCUAAGACCACACAGAUGCCAGGUGGCAAAGCCAGUCUUCAGUAUGACUCCAAACCAGGCCUCUCUCUCACCAUUCCACCCUGCUACGUCACACAAACCCAGGAGAGAGAACUUACAUCCAGCACUGCAUGCGCUUUGGAAGAAAUGCUGUACUUCACUAAGUGAAGGUAACCUCCCAGGGUCAGCCAGCCUUUCAGAGUUGAAGUCACUGCUUAGGGAUUCAAAAUGAGCUACUAAAAGCACUAAUUUAGUUACUAGAGAACCCCGGGUUCCACUUUCAGGAGCCACCGUGGUUGGCCAGUGGAGAAACACAAGCAUUCUUCAUUCAACAAGUACUGAAGGACCUAUUAUUGGCAAUCAACAUAAAAUGUCUUCUUUCCCUGGGGAUUGGAGGUGGGCAGAAGGACCUAUUCAGUUUUACUUUCAAAGAAAAGAUCCACAUGAGUUAUUUUUAAGUGUACCAUGUUUUAAGAAAAUGUACUAUUUUCUCCAGAGUGAGGGGCUGAGGUGUGAAGAACAGCUAUAUUAAAAUGUAUUUAGAUGCCCUUCACACAGCAAGGCUUGUGAUGCCUCCAUGGAAGUAAUCAACCCUAUCAUAAACAUUAUUAGAUGUGGUAUUAAAGUAUACACUGAUGACAAUACUA